UAUGGAAAUAAAUAAGCAUGAAAUAGAUGGGAGGAUGCCGCACCAUCGCACCACCUACCAUUCAUUCUCUCUCUCUCUCUCUCUCUCUCCACCUACCAUUCUCUCUCUCCCUCUCUCUCUUACAUGUAACUCUCCAUUUAUAGAUAUUCUGUCUUUUUAUUCAGCAUUUAAUGCCUCACUAUACCCCAAAAUCUUCUAAUCCAUCAUAAAAUAUCUCAUUUUUAUGAAAGUUGAAUGCACAAGGAAUUAAAGUAGGCAUAGAACAUCAAAUAACAAUAGCCACAUUCUUUUUGGCUACAUGAUAAUUGGCAAAAAAAAAAAAGCCACAAAAUUGUGGCACCAAAAGUGACAUGAGCUAAAGAAUUUAAAUUUGGCUCAUAAUCCACUGGGACAGUUGCUCAAACCAGAGGAAAACCCUCUUCACCUUACCACUUUAUGAAGGGUUUCCCUCCUUGUAUUGGCCUCACUCCUCUCCCCCAGAUACAGAGAGAGAGAGAUGAUUAGGAGUAAGGAGUGAGAAGAAAAAUGGUGGGGAAAUACUUGGAGUAUGAAGGGCUUGGGCACCUGUUUGUGAGUGUGUUCCUUUACUAUUUUGCUUCUUUCAUGGUGAUUCCAGUCAUCACAGAUGUUACCAUGGCGGCCGUGUGCCCCGGGCGGGAUGAAUGCAGUGCGGUUAUCUACCUGACUGGCUUGCAGCAAGUGAUGACAGGCAUGGGAACUCUAGUGGUGACACCAGUUGUGGGGAAACUCUCAGAUGAGAUGGGAAGAAAAGCUCUCCUUACCUUCCCCAUGACUAUUGCGGUUCUACCUUUAGCGGUUCUUGCGUAUGGCCGGUCCAAGCCCUUCGUCUACUGCUACUUCGUCCUCAAAACCCUAACUGCUAUGGCUUGCGAUGGCAGCAUCCAGUGCCUUUCUACAACUUACCUCGCGGAUUGUGUACCGGUAGGGGUUCGAACAUCGGCCUUUGGCUUGCUCUCGGGGACAAGUUUGUGUGCUUUCGUUUUUGGAACCCUAACUGCGAAGCUUCUCUCUGUUCCUGCCGCUUUCAUGGCUGCCUCUACAAUUGCAGGGUUAGCUGUUGCUUACAUGGUGGUUUUUUUGCCAGAGAGGGAAAGGGGGGAGUUUUAUGGUAAGGUGGAAGGGGUUUCUCGAAGAGAAAGAGGAGGGCAGGUUUCGGUUUGGAGGAGCUUGCCUUCUGUUUCGGAUUUUACGUGCUUGUUGAGCAGCAGCUCAACAUUUUCAAAUGCGUCUGUUGUUACAUUCUUCAGCACACUUGGAGAGACUGGUCUUCAGGCUUCCUUACUGUACUAUUUGAAAGCUCGAUUUCACUUUGACAAGAAUCAGUUUGCCGAUAUACUGUUAAUUUGCGGGAUUGCAGGGGCCACUUCUCAGAUGCUUUUCAUGCCAAUAUUAGCUACUGCUGUCGGUGAGGAGAAGUUGCUUCGUGUGGGACUGUUCGCAUGCUGUGCUCAUACCUUCCUGUACUGCAUAGCAUGGUCCUCAGCGGUUCCAUACAUCGCAUCUAUGUUUGCAUUUUUUACUGUUUUUACUACUCCAUGUAUUGGGAGUAUCGUGUCCAAGCAAGUAGGGGCUGAUGAACAGCUUUGUUUCUAUCGGAGAGAGCACCAUUUCCUUUCCCAGGUUUCAGCAUCAUGUGUGCUGGUUUUGCCUCUUUGAUAGCCUUUGGCCAAAGUUUUGUGAUGAGGGCUGCUCCUCCAAUUUCAACUCUCAAAGCCAGCAGUAGCAACUAUGUGCAGGUGUAAUUAUUGGAAAAUGAAAAUUCCAAGUAAAUAAUUGUAUACCUACUUAGCCCAAAAGAAAAUGUAUAUAUCAGAAAGAACCAGCAUUUAUUAUCCCUAUUACAAUGUAAAAUUGUAGGUGAAGCAUUAGGGAUGGAGGUUUCACCAUUUGCACUAAAGAUGCAGGAGUGUAGGCACAGGUUUGCACCUUUGGGUUCAGACUAGGAUAUGUUCCUCAAGAAUAGGUGUCCAUUAGUGGCCAUGAGCUUGGGCCAGUACUUCACUACUGAUUUGUAUUUUAGACGGUAUAUUGGAGUGUCCAUAUACCUCACAAGAUUGCAACUGAUAAAAGUUAAAAAGAAAAUCAAGUAAAAAAGUUGACCAAAAUACUUAUAAAUGUUUCAGGGUAUUUGGUCAAUGUCUUUAUUCAAA